CCCGAGCCCGGGCGGGGAGCCGCCGCCGGGAAACCCCAUGAACACUCCAGAAAGAGCGUGAAGGAAGGUCUGGCCGCCGCGCUCGGCCCGGGCGCCAGGGGGGCUCCGUUGGGGAACUCGGAGCAGCAGAGCCGGGGAGGGUGCUGGAGAAUGAUCGUGCGGCCCCUGGGGACGUCAGCGCCGUAAUGCCGACAUACAGGAUGUUUCACUCAAGUCGAAUGUGGAGCAGUCAUUGGAAAUGGAAGCCAAGUUCUUUUUUGUUCUUAUUUGCUUUAUGUAUUGUGUAUGUUCCUCCCUCAGUGUGGGGAUGUGCCAGCUGCAGGGUUGUCCUCUCCAGCCCUUCAGGGACCUUCACGUCUCCGUGCUACCCUAACGACUACCCAAACAGCCAGUCUUGCAUGUGGACGCUCCGAGCCCCCGUGGGCUAUAUCAUCCAGAUAACGUUCAAUGACUUCGACAUUGAAGAAGCUCCCAACUGCAUUUAUGACUCAUUAUCCCUUGAUAAUGGAGAGAGCCAGACUAAAUUUUGUGGAGCAACUGCCAAAGGCCUAUCAUUUAACUCAAGUGCGAAUGAGAUGCAUGUGUCCUUUUCAAGUGACUUUAGCAUCCAGAAGAAAGGUUUCAAUGCCAGCUACAUCAGAGUUGCCGUGUCCUUAAGGAAUCAAAAGGUCAUUUUACCCCAGACGCUAGAUGCUUACCAGGUAUCUGUUGCAAAAAGUGUCUCUAUUCCAGAGCUCAGAGCUUUCACACUCUGCUUUGAAGCAACCAAAAUUGGCAAGGAAGACAACGAAUGGACAGCUUUCUCCUACUCAGAUGCAUCCUUCACACAAUUGCUCAGUUUUGGAAAGGCCAAGAGUGGUUACUUUCUAUCUAUCUAUGGCUCAGAAUGCUUGCUGAAUAGUGUGUUACCUGUAAAAGAUAAGGAAGACAUUUUUACCGAAAGCUUUGAGCAGCUCUGCAUUGUUUGGAAUAAUUCUUUGGGCUCCAUUGGUGUCAAUUUCAAAAGAAACUAUGAAGCCAUUCCAUGUGAUUCAACCAUUAGUAAAGUUAUUCCUGGGAAUGGGAAAUUGUUGCUGGGCUCCAAUCAAAAUGAAAUUGCCUCUCUAAAAGGGGACAUUUAUAACUUUCGACUUUGGAAUUUUACCAUGAAUUCCAAAGUCCUCUCCAACCUCAGCUGUAGUGUGAAAGGGAACGUGGUGGACUGGCAGAAUGACUUUUGGAACAUCCCAACUGCAGCUCUGAAAGCUGAAAGCAACCUAAGCUGUGGUUCCUACCUGAUCCCGCUCCCAGCAGCAGAACUAGCCAACUGCGCAGACUUGGGGACCCUCUGCCAAGCUACUGUAAGCUCUCCUAGUGCCACACCAUCCACUGUCACCACUAACAUGCCUGUUACUAAUAGAACCGAUAAACAAAGGAAUGAUGGAAUCGUUUAUAGGAUUUCCAUAGUGAUUCAAAACAUCCUUCGUCACCCUGAGGUAAAAGUACAGAGCAAGGUAGCAGAGUGGCUCAAUUCAACCUUCCAGAAUUGGAACUACACGGUUUAUGUGGUUAACAUCAGUUUUCACCUGAGCACGGGAGAGGACAAGAUUAAAGUGAGGAGAAGCAUCGUGAAUGAUCAGAGGUUGGUGAUUUGGGCCCUUCUGGUUUACAAUGCUACCGACAAUCCCAGUUUAGAAGGAAGAACCAUUCAGCAGAAGCUCUUAAGGAAUAAUGAGUCUCUGGAUGAGGGCUUGAGGCUACAGACAGUGAGUGUGAGGCAGCUGGGUAUAUGUCUUGCUGAUGAGGACCCCAAAGGCUAUAAAUGGCCAGUCAUCCAGCCUUCUGUAUACAACACUCCCUGUCCAGGGAAGCCGGGCUUCUUUGCUUCACGAACAUGUUACCAGGACCCUGCUAACACAUCUGUUGCCUACUGGGGGACUCCUGAUGUCUCCAACUGCUCAAGGGAAGCAAAUGAAGUUGCCAAUCAGAUUUUAAACUUAACUGGUGAUGGGCAGACCUUAAGCUCAGCCAAUAUUACCAGCAUCGUAGAACAGGUCAAAAGGAUUGUAAAUAAAGAAGAAAACAUUGAUAUCACGCUUGGCUCAACUUUAAUGAAUAUAUUUUCUAAUAUCUUAACCAGUCCAGACAGUGACUUGCUCGAGUCUUCUUCUGAAGCUUUAAAAACAAUUGAUGAAUUGGCCUUCAAGAUAGACCUAAAUAGCACAUCACAUGUGAAUAUCACGACGCGGAAUUUGGCUCUUGGAGUAUCAUCCUUGUCCCCAGGGACCAAUGAAGUUUCAAAUUUUAGCAUUGGUCUUCCAAGCAAUAAUGAAUCAUAUUUCCAGAUGGCUUUUGAGAGUGGACAAAUGGACCCACUGGCUUCUGUAAUUUUGCCACCAAAUUUACUUGAGAACUUAAGUCAAGAAGAUUCUGUAUUAGUUAAAAGAGCACAAUUUACUUUCUUCAAUAAAACUGGACUUUUCCAGGAUGUGGAAAAUAAGAAAGACACCUUAGUGAGUUAUGUGAUGGCAUGCAGUAUUGGGAACAUCACUCUCCAGGAUCUGAAGGAUCCUGUUCGAAUUAGAAUCAAACAUACAAGAACUCAGGCAGUGCCUCAUCCCAUCUGUGCCUUCUGGGAUCUGAACAAAAACGAAGGUUCUGGAUUUUGGAACACGUCAGGAUGUGUCGCACACGGAGAUUCGGACGCAAGCGAGACGGUCUGCCUGUGUAACCACCUCACACACUUUGGAGUUCUGAUGGACCUCCAAGGAACUGCCUCACAGUUGGAUGCAAGAAACACCAAAGUUCUCACCUUCAUCACCUAUAUUGGGUGUGGAAUAUCCGCUAUUUUUUCAGCAACUACUCUCCUGACAUAUGUUGCUUUUGAAAAAUUGCGGAGAGAUUAUCCCUCCAAAAUCCUGAUGAACCUGAGUACAGCCCUGCUGUUCCUGAACCUCCUCUUCCUCCUGGACGGCUGGGUCACCUCGUUCCAUGUGGCUGGACUUUGCACUGCCGUUGCAGCCCUGCUGCAUUUCUUCCUUCUGGCUACCUUCACCUGGAUGGGGCUGGAAGCGAUCCACAUGUACAUCGCUCUGGUUAAAGUAUUUAACACUUACAUUCGCCGAUACAUACUGAAAUUUUGCAUCAUUGGCUGGGGUCUGCCUGCCUUAGUCGUGUCCAUUGUUCUAGCGAUCAAAAACCAAAACGAAGUCUAUGGAAAAGUGAGUUAUGGAAAAGAGCAAGGUGAUGAACUCUGUUGGAUUCAGGAUCCAGUCGUGUUUUAUGUGACCUGUGCUGGGUAUUUUGGAGUCAUGUUUUUCCUGAACGUCGCCAUGUUCAUCGUGGUGAUGGUGCAGAUCUGCGGGAGGAACGGCAAGAGGAGCAGCCGGACUCUGCGCGAGGAGGUUUUAAGGAACCUGCGCAGCGUGGUCAGCCUGACCUUCCUACUGGGCAUGACAUGGGGUUUUGCUUUCUUUGCCUGGGGACCUUUGAAUGUCCCUUUCAUGUACCUCUUCUCCAUCUUCAAUUCGUUACAAGGGUUGUUUAUAUUUAUCUUCCACUGCGCUAUGAAGGAGAAUGUUCAGAAACAGUGGAGGCGGCAUCUCUGCUGUGGUAGAUUCCGGUUAGCAGACAACUCAGACUGGAGUAAGACAGCUACCAAUAUCAUCAAGAAAAGCUCUGAUAAUCUAGGAAAAUCUUUGUCGUCAAGCUCCAUCGGAUCUAACUCAACCUACCUUACAUCCAAAUCUAAAUCCAGCUCCACCACCUACUUCAAAAGGAACAGCCACACUGAUAAUGCUUCCAUGGACAAGUCCUCAUCAAAACUGACCCAUGCUGAUGGAGAACAAACAUCAAUCAUUCCUGUCCAUCAGGUUAUUGAUAAGGUCAAGGGUUAUUGCAGUUCUCAUUCAGAUAAUUUCUAUAAAAAUAUUAUCAUGUCAGACACCUUCAGCCACAGCACAAAGUUUUAAUAUCUUUAGUAUAAGAAAGAGGAAUCCGUGUGCACAAACGUGAAGAUGUGUACGCAGUGAAAACUCGGACUAGCAGAUGUAAACGUGGCAUUACCUAGGUAACUGCAUAUAUACAAAGAAUGUGUUUUGUGAAGAAGGUUUUUGUGAAAUUCACCAUCUGUCUUUUCACUGUGUCUCUUUCACGAGAGAGUUUCCACCAUCGCUGAAACUUCAGUACUAAGAGCAGCAUAACUCAGUAGCCACGGGGGAUUAUGAUUUUUAAAGUAUAUAAUUGAAUCAAACAAUCAGAAAUUGGGCUUGAGGGGUGGAAUAUGAAAAUUAGAGGACAAGGGACAGGCAGAGCUAGGGAUAAGCCCUAGUUUAGAGCUCAUUCACGCCCCACCUAAUAGGAUUGGAAAUGGCCAUUUGCUUUGUCAUCUUUAUCAACAAUCAAAGGUGUGCUGAUAUUUGUAACUAUUUCGGAUGCUCGCAAGUCCCAUCUCAGUGCUGGUUUCCACAAAUGCAGUCUCAUUUCCUCUUUUUAAAUGAAAUUUCACCCACAGAUACAAAAGAAUAUUUGAAUAUCUGACUGAAAGUUUAGAAGGGAAGUUUUUCUUAUAUCAAGUGUUUAACCUUGAAGACAACAACAUGCUUAAGAAAGAAAGAAUUCUCCCAGUUCUGACCUGGUUCAUGCGAGGCCUUGUUCUUUUACUUAGCCUACUUAAGACAGAAAGCUCAAGGAUCAUCGUUAAUUACAGUUUAAUCCCAUACAUUUGAAUCAAGUUUAGCGUUGGUGUUCUGUUAACAUGGACCUCCCAGUAGUUGAAGAAUGAACCUCUUACACGUCUACAUUUGCUUCUCUACUGUAUUUUGAGCCAGGGGCUCAUGGGAGGAAGGAGGAUUUCCAUCAGGCAUGCUGUGUACAGCAGUCUCUCCCUUUUAGGAAAAGCAGCCAUUGAGACUCAAUGGUCUUGUCCCUGCUCCAGAGACUUUAAGAUAUUUUCAUUUGCACAAAUGAAAAGCCUCUUACUUCCUCUUUCAAGAGUUUUGUUCCAAAGAAUAUAAACUGAGACAUACGAGUGACUUAUCACAAUCAAAAUAAUUUAUGAACAUGUGAGUUUACAAUUGCCAGUCUAAAAACUAUUUGUACUUAAGUCCUCUGAUUGUGAGAGCCAGAGGAGGUCUGGCAAGGUAGAUGGUGUGUUAUUUAUGCAUUAGGUUUCUGUGUACAAGCCAUGCAUAAUAUUAGGCAGCUUAACCUAACUUUCAAACUAUCCUGAGUAAUAUGCUUGCUAGUGAAUGUGUAGAGACCACAUUUUAAUUGUUCUUAAAUGAUGGAGUCAGAUCCAGUUUCUUAGAAAUCAGUUUCAGCACCUGCUAUACCUUCACAUUUGCUCUGGGUUAUCUGGGAUGUAUUGGGUUCCAGGAGGUAGCAGCCUAAGUGAUGAGAAGACGAGACGUUCUGGCAGAACCACACUGCUUAAAGGCAGAAGCCAGAACCAAGCACCUUGGAAACCUUUCCCUCUGUGCAGAAAGCAGGUAGCUCUCAGUCUGAGACGCAGGAGAGCUUGCAGGCUUUGUGGCAACCAAGGGGCCGCUUGUGUUUUGUUGAUCUUUGGUCGUGUAGCUUUUUGCCAGGCUUAAAUGGAUAAGAUGAUGUGGUAAUGGGUUUUCAUACUGUUGGGUUUUGCAGCAGCCUGGAACACUGUCCUGGGAGACGGGGGCACAGCCCAGCCUGGCCUUCACAUGGGAGGGGUGUAGACGGUAGGAAAGGAUAGUAAAUCUGAGGUCACUAAGAUUCACUAUAGUAGAGCCACAUCUUUGUCUAUAGGCGCUUAUAUUAACAGGCUGCUUAUUUUGGCAGAGGUUACAUCUUGGUGACAAUUAACCUUUAUAUACUUUCCCCCAAGCCGUAGAGAUGAUAGAAUUUAAUUAGCUGUCUACUGUGAGAUUUCUACCCAAAGUGCUUAUUUAGCUAAAAGUAAUUAAGCGAUAGCUUUAAAAAUAGCUUUGAUUUCUACUCAUAUUCAUCCAGAUCUGGAAAAACUUUUUUUUUUUUUCAUAUUUGACAACAGUAUCCGCUCCACUUUAGAAAUUUCCAAUCAGCAGGUAAGGAAAAAAUGAAGAAACAGCUGAAUAGAAACAUUUUCAAGUGGAUUUAAAAGACUGAGCCAAAUUCAGCCCUCAGUUCUAAGCAUGUGGUUCUCACCUUCAUUUUGCCGCGUCGGAACAGAAUUGCAGGAAUUUAGCUGUGGAGCCAAAGUUUAGUUUUGGCCUAACUUUAAGAAAACUAUCAACUCAGACUCUCUGGGGUUUUGUUUGUUUGUUUGUUUUCUUCUUUUUCCUGUUUUACAACUACACUGUAUUAGAGUCUUAGUCUAGGAUCCUGAGAUGCUGUCUGUUCUGGUCACCAUGACUUGCAUCGUAAAGCUUGUUCUUUGUUCAAUGUUGACGUAGGCUCUUUUGUACAUAUUUAUUUAUUUGUGUUUAUAAAUGUGAGCUUGUUUUAUAUCUCAGCUUUAUAUUGCCUGGCUUUGUCAUUUCAAUUAACUUUCUGUUGGAGAGACUGUAUAUAUUUUUUUUCUAAAUACUUUGUGAAAUAGUUUUCUGUAGCAGUGUCUCUGAAUAUGAUAAAUGAAAAGUGACUGUGAGUGCAAAUUAGAAUUGGUAGUAAGAGGCUACUAUAGCUGAUUUGCCAUUUUACUUAAAUGGAAACUUUUUCAAAUAAAUACUUAUGUUGUUUGUGAUCCAAA